GCAAAAAAACUGUCUUUCAGAUUUAAGUGGUCUUGAGCAUAGUUAUAAUUCUUCCAUGUCGCGGCGAGCGAGACAAAAUGUGAACUUGGUUAGAAUUAGGGAAUAAAUUAGAUUCCAUUUAAUUGCAUCAGAGCUUUUACCACGUAAUUUUUAACAGAUUUAAUCUCAGGAGAUAAAGUACUCAAAAUGCUAAAAUAUAAAAGAGUCCAGACUCCUCAAGAUUUGUACUCUGUUUAAAGCAAUACGUAGAGGGCACUGGGCAGGCAACCAAAGCCUUCGUUGCCAACUCUGCUCUCUCUCUUUCUGUAACCGCCGGUUCAUUUCCUUGAAUUUUGAUCCUACGUGAUUUCUGGGUUUCAUUUUGGCUUUUCCCAAUUUGUGUAACACGGUGGUCGAUCUUGGUGGUUCUGUAGGGAGAAGAAAAUCAAGGACUGUAGAGGAACGAAAACAUGGGAAGGCUGUUUCUGCUGACUCUUGAAGGACACGUCUAUAGCUGCAAGUACUGCAGAACCCAUCUUGCUCUUGCUGAUGACAUUCUCUCUCGGUCUUUUCACUGCAGGCAUGGAAAGGCUUAUCUUUUCGAUAAUGUUGUAAAUGUCACAGAUGGAGAGAAAGAAGAGCGGAUCAUGAUAACAGGACUGCAUACUGUUGUUGACAUCUUUUGUGUUUCAUGUGGCUCAAUUGUGGGGUGGAAAUAUGAGGCUGCACAUGAGAAAAGCCAGAAGUACAAGGAGGGGAAAUUUAUCCUUGAGAGAUUCAAGAUUCUUGGUCCUGAUGGAAGCAACUACUCGAUAGCUCAGGAAGCUCAUAUUGGUGGAAGUGAUGGUGAUGAUGCUUGAUUUACCAUUCAUUCAGGAAAUUUCACUAUUUCAAUGUAUAUUCUUUGGGACAUUAUGCUAUCUAGAUGGGAUUUUUCUUAUUCUAUUCCUAGACAUGAAAGUGUUCGAUGACAUUCUCUCCACCUGUUGUAUAAAUUGUUUUAGAACAUGGUCAUUUCCGAUAUAGUAGUUGGUCAUCCAAAUAUCUGCGAAAA